AUGAAGACUACACUUCCAAUCGCGCUUCUCGCCUUGAACGGCUGGACGGCGACUGCGCUACCCAUUCACCACUAUGACAUCGGUUUCUCAGACACCGUCGCAACGACCCUCCAUACGACCUACGACCACGCCGGCCCAUUCCCGGUGAUGACCAAGUCCUCGUCGACCAAGAAACAUGCGCCUCACUUUCUGGAGUGGUGGGCCAACGAGCACUCGAAACACAGAGAUGCGCUCCUACAUGCUACUGAAACACGACCCUCAGCGCAUCACCGCGACGGCAGCAGCAGCGGUAGCAACUGGUCAGAUAAAGCGCGGAAAAUGAUCAAUACAUGGUCCGCGUUCUACGGGACCGAGUACCCGACCAAACCCUCCUCCUCGUCCUCCGCCAGACCAACCUCAUUCGACAGUGGCAACGACAAUUCUAUUGCAACCGAUCCCCUGAUUGUGGGCGACGCAUGCGGCGUCAUCGUCGAGAAUUCAGCAGAUGGAGAAACAUCCUUCACCACCAUCCCCUGCCCAUCGAUCCAAUCAUCAAACACACGCCCGCACCGACCCGGCUAUUUUGAACAAUUACGCCACAACCUCGCUACCAUGGACGUCGCCAUGAUCUGCAGCCGCUAUGGCCCUGAGCUCGUCGCACUGUGCAUUUUCCUGCUUGUACCUAUCUCUGUGGUCGUCGUCGAGAUUAUAGAUGCAGUUCAAGAUAAAAUCGUUAUCGAGAAGUUUCCCGACCGUGGUCGUGGACGGGUGCGACUGACGGAGCCCGAGAGGCGGAUGAGUGUGCUCGCAAAGUGUGAGAGGGAGAAAAUUGUGCGGGAUCAAGCCCAGAAAUCGUGGGUGAGUUCGAGACGGGGGUCGAGACAUGCCUCUACUUAA